AUGAAGUAAUCUCCCUGGUAAACAAAAAUGUAUGCUUAUUGUUAUUGCAGAAAGGUACUUCUGUUUUUUAUGUUCGCAUUUGCAUCAAUAAGCAGAGGGUAUGCACAAGAAUCAACCACUCUUGUCCCUGCAAUCAUGACGUUCGGUGACUCCGUGGUGGAUGUCGGCAACAAUGACUAUCUUCCCACCAUCUUCAAGGCUAAUUACCCUCCUUACGGACGGGACUUCGCCGACCACAAGCCGACUGGGAGGUUUUGCAAUGGAAAAUUAGUCACUGACAUCACUGCUGAAACUCUGGGGUUUACAACUUAUCCACCGGCAUACCUUAGCCCGGAAGCAUCAGGGAAGAACCUUCUUAUUGGAGCCAAUUUUGCUUCAGCUGGCUCUGGCUAUGAUGACAAAGCUGCCAUGACGAAUCAUGCUAUCACAUUGACCCAGCAAGUAGAGUAUUUCAAGGAAUACCAAGAAAAACUAGCAAAGGUAGCUGGCAGUAGCAAAUCGGUCUCCAUUAUCAAGGAUGCACUCUAUGUGUUGAGUGCCGGAAGCGGCGACUACCUCCAGAACUACUAUGUCAACCCAUUGCUUAACCAUGCCUAUACUCCGGACCAGUAUGGCUCAUUCCUCAUCGACGCCUUCACAAGCUUCGUCAAGAACAUGUAUGGGUUGGGAGCUAGGAAAAUUGGGGCCACCUCUCUUCCGCCGUUGGGUUGCGUUCCCUUAGCAAGAACAUUGUUUGGAUACCACGAGAAAGGAUGCAUCUCUAGGUUCAAUACCGAUGCUCAAAAUUUCAACAAGAAGCUCAACUCCGCAGCAGCCUAUCUCCAGAAACAGCAUCCUGAUCUUAAGAUUGUUGUUUUCGACAUCUUCAAGGCACUUUAUGACAUCGUUAAAUCUCCUUCAAACUAUGGUUUUGUUGAAGCAGACAAAGGGUGUUGUGGAACAGGGACUGUAGAGACGACCGAGUUCUUGUGCAAUCCGCACACACCGGGGACAUGUUCCAAUGCCACUCAGUAUGUGUUUUGGGACAGCGUCCAUCCGUCUCAGGCCGCUAAUCAAGUCCUUGCUGAUGCUUUGAUUGUUCAAGGCAUCUCCCUCCUUUGAUUCAAUUCUGCCUUUGGGACAAAUUAUUGUUUAAGAAUUUGAGACAAUGUUCUACAUGCCUCUUGAGGAUAAUAAUAUUUAAAUUUUAUAAUUUAUAUAAAAUAUAUUCCAUUAUUUUGAGUAAUGUGUUGUAUGUUUCAAUGUUAUUAAUUCUAAGGGAAAUGUUAUAUGCGCCUCUU